UCCGGCUCCUAGAGUGGGGAAGUGACCCGGAGCGCCCUCUCCCCGCAGGGUCUGCCCGGGUGCGCCGCCCCCUUAGCUUCCAACCCGCCUCUGCUCUCACGCGGCCCUUCCCCGGCAGCUAUUGCCCCAGAGGCGGGGACGCUGCCGCUCUCCCUGGCGCUGCAGCCCCCCGGGCGGCUCGAUAGCCCCGUCUGGGGGCCGCGGCUCGCUACGGGAAUUCGAUCGUCCCCUUCCCCCGCUGCCGUGGGGCGGGCCCGGCGCCCACCCCGCUGUCGCCAUGCCCGCCGCGGCGGCAGCGCCGAUUAUCCGCUGCGUGCAGAAGCUGGUGCUGUACGAGACCAGAGCUCGGUAUUUUCUUGUUGGGAGUAAUCAUGCAGAGACCAAAUAUCGUGUUUUGAAAAUUGAUCGCACUGAACCAACGGAUUUAGUUAUAAUUGAUGAUAAGCAUGUGUACACACAACAAGAGGUGAGGGAACUUCUUGGCCGCCUAGAUCUGGGAAAUAGAACAAAGAUUGGACAGAAGGGCUCCUCUGGGUUAUCUCGAGCUGUCUCUGCUUUCGGUGUCGUAGGUUUUGUUAGAUUUUUAGAAGGCUACUACAUUGUGUUAAUAACAAAAAGGAGAAAGAUGGCAGAUAUUGGAGGGCAUGCAAUAUACAAAAUAGAAGAUACAAAUAUGAUCUACAUUCCAAAUGACACUGUACGAAUCACUCAUCCUGAUGAAGCAAGAUAUCUACGAAUCUUUCAAAAUGUGGACCUGUCUAGCAAUUUUUAUUUUAGCUACAGCUAUGAUCUGUCACACUCUCUUCAAUAUAAUCUUACCAUCCUGAGAAUGCCACUUGAGAUAUUAAAAACUGAAACAAUUCAGACUCGACAGGAGAGCUUUGAUAUCUUUGAAGAUGAGGGACUUACAGCACAAGGUGGAAGUGGUGUAUUUGGGAUUUGCAGUGAACCAUAUAAAAAGUACGUGUGGAAUGGUCAACUGCUGGAUGUAGUAAAAAACACUGUUCAUCAUGACUGGCUGUUGUAUGUUAUUCAUGGAUUUUGUGGGCAGUCCAAACUGUUAAUAUAUGGUCGUCCAGUGCAUGUCACUCUGAUAGCCAGAAGAUCAAGCAAAUUUGCUGGAACACGUUUUCUAAAGAGAGGAGCAAACUCUGAGGGGGACGUUGCUAAUGAAGUAGAAACUGAACAAAUACUUUGUGAUGCUUCGGUGAUGUCAUUUUCUGCAGGGAGCUAUUCUUCUUACGUUCAAGUUCGAGGCUCAGUCCCUCUAUACUGGUCUCAAGAUAUUUCAACUAUGAUUCCUAAGCCACCAAUUACAUUGGACCAAGCAGAUCCAUUUGCGCACAUAGCUGCACUUCACUUUGAUCAAAUGCUUCAGAGGUUUGGCUCUCCCAUUAUCAUUUUGAAUCUUGUCAAGGAACGUGAAAAAAGAAAGCAUGAAAGGAUUCUGAGUGAAGAACUUGUUAGCGCAGUGACAUAUCUCAAUCAAUUUUUACCCCCAGAACAUGCUAUUGUGUAUAUUCCUUGGGAUAUGGCCAAAUACACAAAAAGCAAACUGUGUAAUGUCCUGGAUAGAUUGAAUGUAAUUGCGGAAAGUGUAGUGAAGAAAACAGGAUUCUUUGUAAAUCGUCCUGAUUCCUACUGCAGCAUCUUGCGGCCAGAUGAAAAAUGGAAUGAACUGGGAGGUUUUGUUGUUCCCACUGGUCGCUUACAGACUGGUGUCCUUCGAACCAAUUGUGUUGACUGUUUAGAUCGCACUAACACAGCCCAGUUCAUGGUGGGGAAGUGUGCUUUAGCCUAUCAGCUCUAUUCUUUGGGGUUGAUUGAUAAACCCAAUCUGCAGUUUGACACAGAUGCUGUUAGAUUGUUUGAAGAGUUGUAUGAAGAUCAUGGAGACACACUUUCUCUGCAAUAUGGAGGUUCUCAACUUGUUCAUCGAGUAAAAACCUACAGGAAGAUAGCACCAUGGACCCAGCAUUCCAAAGAUAUUAUGCAGACGCUCUCAAGAUAUUACAGUAAUGCUUUUUCAGAUGCUGACAGGCAAGACUCAAUUAACCUAUUUUUGGGAGUAUUCCAGCCUGCAGAAGGAAAACCUCAUCUUUGGGAACUACCUAUAGAUUUUUACUUGCAUCACAAGAACACUAUGAGUCUUUCACAGACAAGGCGAAGCUAUACCUACUGGUGGACAAAAGGUGUAUUAAAUCAUUUACCACUGCCUUAUGAUGAGGUGACAUGCACUGAAAACAGAAGGAAGUUGAUAGUGAAGAAAUUUCACAAAUAUGAAGAAGAGAUUGAUAUUCACAAUGAGUUCUUUCGGCCAUAUGAAUUAAGCAGUUUUGAUGACACCUUUUGCUUGGCAAUGACCAAUUCUAUACGAGAUUUCAUGCCCAAGAAUGUUGGAAUUGAUCCAAGUCCAUUUACAGUGCGGAAACCUGAUGAAACUGGGAAAUCAGUGGUGGGGAACAAAAGUAAUAGAGAAGAAACUGUGCUGCAGCGCAAAACAGCUGCUAGUGCCCCUCCUCCCCCAAGUGAGGAAGCAGCGUCAAGUAGUUCUGAGGAUGAUUCUGGGACUGACAAAGAAGAUGAAGGAGCUGUUUCUCAGCGUUCCACUCCAGUAAAGAUGACAGAUACAGGCGAUAAUGUAAAAAUAACAGAGAACAUAGUUCAGUCCAUGAAAGAUAUAUAUGGGAUUAACCUCUCAGAUGUUCCUUCAGAGGAUGACCUCACAAUAUAUACAAGGUUUGUUCAGUUAGGGCAGAAUCAACAUAAACAAGACAAGAGCAGCCAGCAGCUUUGUUCAAAACAUCAUCUAGAUGGGGUUAUAAAUAUAAUACACAUCUCCUCUUUUUCCCAAGACAACAUUUAUGAAGUCCAGCCUCCUAAAGUAGAUAAGAAAUCAAUUGAUAUCUUCCACGCUCACAUCCAGGCUGGCAGAGGCACCAUGCAGCCACUGAUAAAAGAAGACAUCCUCAUGUACAGAGAGUACAUUAGAAACCGAUAUAUGUGAGAACAGACUGUAUUCAACUGCUUAGCAUUGCUGGAGUGAUGAUACAAAUCAAUUUAGAAAGGAAGUCCAAGUUCAGCUAUUUUGUGUUGGUAAAACAAUGCAAUUAUUUAUCAACCUGUAUCUUUCUGAAUGAUUUCAUUUUUGAGAUAUUGUGUGCUUUGCAAAAAUAAAAAUGUGAUUGAAGAUGUA